AUGGCCGACGAUAAGAGACGUUUAUCGGGACCUGAGAAUUCCGGUCCCCGGUUCUGGAUCAUGAUUUGCCGAAUAUGGUGCUUCAUCUCUGUUCUCAUCAUGAUCCUCGUCAUCGUUGCGGAGUCCAUCAUCCUCAACAACAGCAUGCAGAGGUACCAUGAUAUCUACGGCAACUCGUACCCGUCACGGGGCUACGAUCGUGACCCGAGUGGCCCGCAAUCAGGCUAUGUCGCUCUGACAAAUGUACCGAAACACGUCGGCUCGCUCGUCUUCUCCUCGGCUUUUCAAGUGUCUCUCAUUCUUUUUGCUGCUUUUGUGGGCCUGGGCGAUCUGGCUUUGGUAUACAAAAGUCCGGACAACGGAGCCUAUCGGGGUAUGCAAACUUUCAAGGGCACACACCUGUCGGCUCCAUUGCGAUACGAAGAUACAUACAAACCGCGCCAGUCUAUCCGGGAACCGUUCUUCAUUGUUGGUUUGUCACUACUCAAACUCUUCAUCGGUUGUGCCUACAUGUCGCAGUCCUUCUACGGGAUCUCUACGGGCGACAAUGACAAUAACGGCGCGAACAACGUCUACUACCGGUCGCUGACUGAGCGGUGCGAGGGCGUCAACUGCAAUUCAGGUGGAAGUGGGUAUUACUACGGUGGCGAUUCUUCAGGGAGCGCAGGGUACAGUUAUAGUUACGGCCAUGAUGGGAACAACAACGGCGGAGGAAAUCAGGGGACAGACGUUCAGUUAUUCUGUCUCUGGGCAGGUUUCAUCCUACUCGGAAGUGUUCCCCUGACCUUCGGGUUCCAAGCAUUUUCCUACCAGGCGCAGAUGAACGACAAGCGAUGGGCGGAAACUGCUUAGUCCACUCAACAAAGCCGGUACGCCGGUUUUGAGCAUCAUCUGCUGUAAUCAUAAUAAACUCCCUCCUCUCCUGCAUGAAUUGUACACCGUAUGCUAUCUGUUUACCCUGAUCACCUACGGAGAACAUCACUCGCUCUCGUCUCCUUCUUGUUCGUCCU